GCUUAUAUAAACCGACGACGAAGGAUUCAGAUUCGCAGAGCUCCACUCUCCGUCGUCGAGAAAACUAGCCUGUCGGAAGUCUUCUUUGGCCGAUCGCAAGCACUCAUCCACGCGAUUGGCGAUUCGCGAAUCGAGAUCGAUAAGAAAUGCUUUCAAGGAUGCAACGAGGAAUCGUGUCGUACUGCAUGUUUCUGAUGGUCGUUGGUCUCUUCGUAUCAUCGACUCCUUCGACGGACGCCGCGCCAUGGGGCCAGCUCGAAGAAGAUGACCCGGAAACACUGAUGGGGAUACUCGCUCGACUCGAUCGCACCAUCAUGCGCAAUCCAGAACUCGAAAACAACAAACGAGGCCUGGAUCUGGGCUUGAGCCGUGGUUUCAGCGGAUCCCAGGCAGCGAAACACCUGAUGGGCUUGGCGGCAGCGAAUUACGCUGGAGGACCUGGACGACGACGCCGUUCCGAGCAACCCUAGAUUUAGAACCAUCGAUUCGCUCGAUCGCACGCAUCCCGACCUCGAGCUCGAUCUUCGUCGAUGUUCAUUCGCGUUCGUUCGUACCUUUGUUCGCGACUUGCUAAUUAGUUCUCUUUUCUGACCGUUUACGCGCGCUCCAACACACACACACACACACACGCAUACUUAUCGCGUUUUCGCGCCUGUCUCCCCUGAUCGCAUCUAUUUCCCUCCUCUAGGCAGAGAUGGGCGAAAUUCUUAUCCGAAUGACGAAUCUCGAAUAAAAGACGAACGAAAUAUUAAGGCAACUUCUUCCUAGUCAUGCACAAGCAAGCAAAAGUUCAUUUAUUCGGCUCGACUUCAUGUUUGAUUAGAAUAUUCGUUCCUAGUUAUACAGUAUAUAUAUGUAAUAAUUAAGGAAAUAGUUUGGAUUUUUUCGAUGGAUCUGCCAGUGGCGGAUUAUGUAGUCUAGGACCCAGGAUAUUCAAGAAAAUUAAAACUAUAUAAAGCAAAAUAUGUAGAAUAAUUGAAUCUGUUCUUCGUUGGAUAUUAGGCUUAAAUUAGACUUCAAUGACCGAAUAAUAAUAUUGUCCAGGGCUCUAUCGAAGCUUGAUCCGCUACUGACGUCUAUACAAUCUUUCAGAAGCAUCUGAUUACCUUCCACUCCUACUAAUUUUAAUCUAUAUAUAUAUAUAUAUAUAUAUUAUUCUUAACCAAUGUACAAAAUUUCGAUCUCUUAAUUAUCGAAAUAAAGUAAGCAACUUCGAUUAAAACCUCAAUCUAAACUUACGUUUCACGUCGAACGAAUACAAGCUUAGCACGAUAAUUGUUAAAUGGAAUAAACUCAGAAUAAAUCGCUAUACACGGUGUUUUCAUUCGUCAUUUAUCGUUCGAAUAAAAUUCCGCCUGUCUCUGGUUACAACCUGGCUCCGCGCAAUUCCGAGCCAACCCGUUACAUCCUCGUCUAACAAUUAGUCCGUCGUAACCAUGAACUCGUUCGUAACUCGUCCCUGUUCUCGCAAUUUCCCUUCGACUUUUACCGUUCGCUCUCUGGUGAAUUUCAACGCGGUAGCGUACACAUAGCCCAUGUAUUCUAAUCGCCGUUGCGUCAGAUCAUUUUCAGCACACGAGUGCGAGAACGGUGGACAGAGAGGCGGAGAGGAGGUUGCAACAAAGCGACGCGUCCUCGUAGCUCUUGAUUCGAAGACGACGUUAACAAGGCAACUGACAAUUAUCGAUUCGAUUGAGAUUCAGAUGCAUGUUACGAUGGUCAGUAAACUGAUACUCGAAUAACAUACGUACACCCUUGCUAUAGUAAUCGACGAACGCAUCUGCAAUAUUAAUUAUCAUUUCCACUCUGGAACCUUUUAUCGUUUUGAAAAUGGUGUAGGUUUUAAUUUAACGCACUCUGGGUGCAAAUCAUUCAAACUACUUCUCGCAAGAUUCUUAGGGUACAUUUUUAACACUUUACCGACCGGUAGUAAUUGUACGUAUAAUAAAAUUCAAGAAUAUUCCUUAUUUUGAUAACGUAAGGAUUACGCAAUAUUUAUCUUGACCAUUAGAAACGUUUUCUCAUUAAUAUUUAUAUAAUAUUUCAUAAUUUGUAUAUUUAUCAGAAUAUACAAAUAUACAAUCGGUAAUAAAUAAAGUAUCGGUUACCAUUGCAAAAAGCAGAUUAAUAGGCUGCCAGUCGGUAAGGUGUUAAAAUAGACAGUCUAGGUAACACCAGAGAAGGUGUACAUUCACUGCUGAAGGUGAAUGUAUUACUAUUUCCAUUUAAAGGUUUCUCUCACGUUCAUCGAGUACUUUAACAGAGGCACAUGUGUGCUAGUUCACAUUUGCUAAUUUGUUCCUUUUUAUUUCUCAAUUUCUAGCAAAAUAAACACGAUAGGGAAGACAGAGUAGAUGCAUAAAAGUGCAUAGGGGGCGUGGUGCAUCUGAACUCUGUCACAGAGACCUAAUCUCAGAUGCAAUUCCGUUGCGAAAACACUUUUCUCGUGUACAUAUGUACACACGCGUGCCCUACAUUAAACUGGACGUAGAUCGUAGACAAGACAAACAGAUAUACCACGGAAAACGAGAUAAAAAUGUUUCGUUGAGCGAAUAUAGGUUCGCCUAUCGAGCCAUCGUCGCUCAAGCACUGGUCGUUUAUUAUUUAUCUUUGCAUCUGAUCGUCCUCGAAUGGCUAUACGUGUAUCGAUAUCUCCGCAGCUAUUGUAUAUUCGGAAUUAUCGUGAAUACGAGCAACGAUGUCCACGUUUUUUUUCAUCGCGAACGAACAACUAAACGGUUUAUUGAGAAGCACAAAAUGCGCUAUACGUAGUUCACGCGUUGCGGUACACCUGUGUCUACCUUUGACUAAUUGCGAAUAAACGAUACCUACUUUGAUUUACUGGCACA